GAUGGCGGCGCCCGCCGGCUAACGUGCCCAGAUGUCACAGAGGAGCGCUCCAUAAUGGAACAGGGACCGAGGCGGCGGCAGAGGAAGCCGCAGCAGGAGCCGGCCCAGCCCCCGGGGAACACCUCGCUGCAAUGAACCCCGCCGCCCCAAGGCUCCAUACGUAACUGAAGUCCAGUCAAGUCGCCUCUCCGUUGCCAGCUUCCUGCGACAGUGAUAUGGAGUAAACCUCCUCACCGGAUCGUUGAUCUGUGUGCUCCCACUCACCCGCUCACACACCUUCUGCCCUUCACCCCCGCCCCCAAACCCAGUGCACCACCCCUGCCUCUCGCUGAACCAGCACAACAUGACGGGGUCCACAGCCAACACCCACCACUGCCCCCAUCCCAAGGGAGCCAAAGGGGCCCGGUCAAGGAGCACCCACGCACGUCCCGUGUGCCUAGCCAGCAACGGAGGUUCCGAGGAGGAGGACAAAGACGGCGGGGUGCUCUUCCACGUCAACAAGAGCGGCUUCCCCAUUGACAACCACACUUGGGAGCGCAUGUGGCUGCACGUGACCAAGGUGCACCCGGCGGGCCCUGAGAUGGUGGAGGCCAUCAGGAACGCUGCCUUCCUGGCCAAACCUUCAGUACCACCAGUUCCAAACUACAAGGUGUCUAUGGCAAUCCCGGACUGGCUGCAGGCAAUCCAGAAUUAUAUGAAGACGCUUCAAUACAAUCAUACGGGAACCCAGUUCUUUGAAAUUAGGAAAACCAGACCUCUAAGUGGAUUAAUGGAAACCGCAAAGGAGAUGACCCGGGAGUCCUUACCUAUCAAAUGCCUUGAAGCAGUCAUUCUGGGAAUAUACCUAACCAACGGGCAGCCUUCGGUUGAGCGAUUCCCCAUCAGCUUUAAAACCCACUUCUCAGGGAACUACUUUCACCACGUGGUGCUUGGGAUCUACUGCAACGGUCGCUAUGGCUCACUGGGCAUGAGCAGAAGGUCCGACCUGAUGGACAAGCCCCUGACCUUUCGGACUUUGAGCGACCUCGUUUUUGACUUCGAAGACUCCUACAAGAAAUAUCUGCACACAGUCAAAAAGGUCAAAAUCGGGCUCUAUGUCCCCCAUGAGCCACACAGCUUUCAGCCCAUUGAGUGGAAGCAGCUGGUCCUCAACGUGGCCAAGAUGAUGAGGGCCGACAUCCGGAAGGAGCUAGAGAAAUAUGCUCGGGAUCUGAGAAUGAAGCUCCUGAAACCCUGUAGUGCUCACUCGCCCAUCAGAGAGAGAAGUCGUGGCAAGUCACUGUCCCCCCGGAGGAGGCCAGUGAGUCCCCCAAGGCGGACCGGCCGGCGAGACAAAUCGCCUGCGUUGUCAGACAAGAAGGGGCCAGAUCUCAGCACGCUGAAUGAAGUGGGCUACCAAAUCCGCAUUUAGCUCAGCUGUCCGGACCAGCAAGAGGGCUCCUGUGGUGCUUCUCUCUGCACUUUACCCAGCCAGCGGCAUCUCCGGCAGGAACUUCGACUGGUUAUUGUGAGCCUGCGGAUUUAUUUAAAGAUCUGCCUAGAAAUAGAAACUGAGUGGGUGGGUGGGUACAUUCCCUUUUUUGUUCUCUGAGGGGCGACCGUAAAAAGUCAAGACCGAGAAAUCAAUCCUGGUCAGGGCUAGGCCAAACCCCCCAGGAUGAGGGGAAGGGCUGGACCCCUGGGGUGUCAGGGAGAGGAGGCUUUUCAUGGUAUAUGUUCGUUUACCUCUUUCCGCUUCUUGGCUUGGGCCUAUGUGCUAUGUGGGCAGACUUUGGAAAUGGGUGUAAAGUCUCCUCUUCCCUUCCCUUUUGUUAGAAGAGUGCUGGAACACAGUAAGUUUGACUCCAAUUCAGUGUUAAUGUCCCAUUCAGCAAUAAAAGUAGCCGAGGCAGGGUUCUUUUCUUUUUUCUUUUACAGUCAAUAUUACCUCAGUAUCCUUUUAAACAGAUAUGCAAACUCGGCUGUAUUUUGUGUUUUUUCUAACCGACUUGUACUGCUUUCCCAGAAUUUGGGUAGGGAUCUUUUCCCUUUAGCUUCUCUGUCUCUGGACCAUUUUAAGAUUAUUAUUAUUAUUUUUUUUAAUAUGUGAGUGUUUUCUUAAAAGCACUGAUGCUCUCCUGGGACAUCAUUUUCAGGAUGGGCUUUUUUUCCUUACUUAAAGAUGCUGAUUGAUAUGCUGGGGGGUGGGCAUGGGGGAACACAUUUUUAACACUUCUAGCAAGUUUUUCUACUUUGUGCCGCAAAUUUUUCAACUUUGCAGGCUUCCUUUGAAAGCACAAGCAUCCAAGAGGGCUGUAGAGGUGUGUCAGCGUUUUUGGGAUUGCAGCCACAACCCCUUGUGAUGUCCCUGGAACCACAAAGAAAAGCCACAGUCAACUGAGUUGGCGUGGAGAUCUCUAUCUCCCUAUGUGAUCUAUUUUGGCACCUGGAACCAGGCAUCCCAGAGAUGGGGAUGUAUCUGUCAUCUCCAGGUGAUAGAUAAACCGCUGCUGUUGGUGGGGAUGAUAAUUUUUGAUGUCUUAUAUUAAGACCAGACACGAAACAUGUAAUGUGAACUUUCUGAUCUCCUACUUCCAGAAGCCAGUCCAUGGGUCCCUAGGGACUCGACAGAAUGCAUUUUGGAAUCAGGAUCCAGUGACCCUAUGGAGUUCAGUAAGAAAAAUAAUCAGGUUUUUUGUAUGCUAACCCCCACCACCCCCACACACACCAGCUUUCCCAGCCUUUUUAUCUCUGGAUCUCAGAGAACAUAUCAACAUGAGCUUUUGGGCCUUAACUUGGGAAGUUGUAGUGGGUUAUGGCCAGUGAAGUCUUGGGCUGAGGGCAUGUAGAUAAAGUGCUCAUCUUUAAGAUCUGUGUUGGGGUACUCAUCUAAUGUUUGCUCCCUCAGUGGAGUUAUUAUAAACUGAGCACAAAAGCUGGGCUAUAAAGAGGUGGUUUACUCAACAGACGUUGAACCAUUGCAGGCCGAGAGCUUGCUCUCCCAUUUCCUUUGUUCAGAAAGAUAGAGAUGUCUGAAUCUGGUAAAAUGGAAACCUGCCAGAGAGACUCCUUGUAGAAAAGCUCCGGUGUAGCUUUAUCAGCCAGAAUUUGAAGGGGGAGAUGGAGAAACGAGAAUAUACAGUAAACCAGAAUGGAACUAUAUUUAGCACUGAGCCAUGCAGGAGUGGCAUUCCUCUCCCUCCCUUCAAGUGGGAAUUUUUUAAAUGAAAUGAGUCUUUAGAAAGAAUGAAAUUCAUUGUACGGUUAUAAAAGAUGGGUGGGGGUAAAACACUUAUUCUUAAUUCCUGUCAGCCAAUUUUAAAGUAAUUUUUAAUCUCGCCUCCAUCAUUUCAAUGGCAUGCAAGCAGAUAAUCUGCUGAUCGAUAGAAUCAAUAGCCAGGAAGGGAGAUGAGACAAGUGAGAGGAGUGAACAAUGGCUCUAGUAAAUCCGAUAACAUUUUUGAAAUUGACAGUGUUGAAUUACUGCAUGAAAUUAAAUCUUCCUCACCCCACCCCACCCUCGCUUUUGAGAAUCCUUUCCAAAAGCAAGUGAAAAGCUGACAUAGAAUGUGUUCAGAAGCAAUUUUCCUAGGUCAGGAUUUUUUGAUUUCCUAUUACAUUUUGCUCCUUCCUGCGGAAGACUGACAAUGGGCUAAAACCCACCCUCAGGAUUUCCUUUUCAACAUUAAGGAGAGAAGCCUGGUGAAAAGCCUGUCUCAGUACCGUAUCACUAUAAUCCCAUACCUAGGCAUAUGUUAGAGCUUCUUUUCUUCACUCAUUUAUAUUUUAAAAUAUUAUAUAGGCCAGGAAACUUGAAAAAUUAUGCUUUGCUCUAUUAUAACCAAUCAACUUCUGCUUAAAGUAUAAAAAUGUUUUAUAACCCUGUGAAACACAAUCAGCUUAGAGAAAACUUUUCAACUUUAAACCAAUGUCGUGGAAAUUCAUGCAAAGUUUUAAUGGUUCAGAAACUAAUUUUCACUUUACUCUUGUGCUGUUUUGAGUACAGUUGAUUUUGGGAAAAUAUUUAAUUCUUACAGAUCAUGAAUAUUUUACUUUUUUAAAUCAAUUAUUCAAUAAGGACUUUGAUAGGUAGUAUCAGUAACUUGAGCCUUUUUUUAAUUUUAUCCAGACUUUAAUCUGAAGCCUUUUUAAACUGAGUAGCUCUGUGAAACUUUGUAUAUUUUUUUUGAAGUACAAUCAAGCUUGUGUAUUCUUUGGACUCUGUUCUUGAAAUGCAUUUUUUGAAAAUCCUUAAGAAAAACUGUGAUUGUUUCAGUGACUAUUUUUCUAGGUAAACGCAAACUUGUACAAUGGUAUUUUAGGGAAUACCAACAGAUGCAUGUUUCACAUUUUGCUUUUUCUCAUCACUUGUAUGUUUAUACCCAGCAUGGAACUUUAAUAAAAAAUGGCUUGGA